AUGGGUCAUGAUAUUGCCAAGCGAGCAAUUGUAGUGGCUUGCAAAGCUAAUGGUAUUAGCACUACUACGAUUUCGGAGCAACUUGGCCUUCCAAAGCGUACAAUCGACGGCAUAUAUCAAAGAGCCCUGGAAAACGGCUUUGAUCCACACUCCCAUCCUUGGAAUAUCUCUGACGCUAUACUAGCCGAUGCUCCUCGCUCUGGGAGGCCGACAAAGCAAUCAGUAGAUAUGCAAAACCUGGUGCUUUCAAAAGUGCGUCUUGAUCAAGAGAAAACCUGCGCUGAUAUUGCCGGAGAAUUGAGGCUCGAAGGGUUUGAUGUCUCUUCGACUACAGUCUGGCGGGUCCUGAAAAAUACUGGUUUACAGAAGACACGGCCUACCCGGAAGCCUGGUUCAACGCAAGCUACACAAAAUCUAGCUUCUAUUGGCACUAGCCAAGAUGAACAGUUAGCAGACUUGUCAAAAGCAUCUGAUUCAGGUUCAUCUUGA